AGAGAAAGAUGGGGCCAGACUCUCUCUCUCUCUCUCUUUCUCUCUUUCUGUGUCUCUCUGUCUCUGAGCUUCUGUUUAUUUACCGCUGAAUGCGACAGUCUCUUGGCCUGACUGAGAAGCAGCGAGAGAAAAGAAGAAACAGCAUGACGGCCCUCUGGAUUCUGUCUGUAUCUGCGCUGAUGUGUCAGAUGUCCGUCACUGCGUCUCUGCACUGGAGGAAAGCUCUGUUCCCAUCAGCCUUCAGAGUGAAGCGAGGGACGCCAGCACUUCUCAACCCCACGUUUCAGAAAUCAGCGGAGGACGCCAGCCUUCUGUUUGAGGUGUUGUGGUCCGGAGGGUACAUGGACGCGGUGAACGGGACGCUCCACAUCUCUGAUCAGGAGCUGGCGUCCAUGAGGAAGCUGGAGGUCCUGGAGGUCCUGUGUGAGGAUGUACUUCCCAGAAGCCUCUCUGAGAUCCAGCGGCUCAGUGCUCAGCUGGAGCUGCGGCGGGGCUCGCUCCGGAUGGAUGACUUUGAGCGCACCGUCCUCACCAUGGUGUUCACCGCUCAACAGCUGCCACACACCAGCCCCGGCCACCAGAGGGAGCUGUGGGCCAACACACUCCUACGACUCUAUAAAGCCAUUAGAGGAGACCUGCGGCCUGCAGAGGACUGACUGACCUGUGCUCCUCAACCGCGGCUAACAGCCAACGUUCAGUCGCUUGAAUAGCAGCCUACAUUCAUUCAAACCUUUCCGUAAUGUUUGCAAAAUGGUCAAAUGCAACAUUCCCUUAAUCUUUUCUCUAACAUUCAUUUAACCAAGAAAAAGUGUUUUUUAAACAUUAAAAAAGGGAAUUUAAGAAUGUUGAGAAAACAUUGACAUAAUGUUUUUAUAACUAAUAUGGAAUGUUAACAAAAUGUAACUUGAACAUAAUUUUGUUGGCCGGGGCUCUGAUCACAGAUAUUAGAGGUAAAACAAUGCCAAAUGCAAAUAAUAAAUGCUGCUCAGCAUAUAAUCAUAUAGAGUCGAAUUAGGAGAUUGCAAUGCAAUUUAUAUUUAUGUUACAUAUUGUUUGUAAAAAUAGAAAUAAAUCACUUGAUUUUAACAUUUGAACUUGAAAAACAAUCUGUAAAAUAAAUAGAUUAAUCAUUUAGAUAGCAACUUUUAAUUCUGUUAUAGUAUGCUUCACAAAUAUGUUGUUAAUUAAAAAAAAAAAAAAAUCAAUACUCAUUCUCAAAAAAAGUACAUUUAUGUCACAUAAUACUUCCCAAAAUAAGCAGAAAAUAAUGUGAAACUAAAUAAAUAUAAAUAUCAUAUUUGAUCUUGAUUUAAAAAUAAAUGAGUAUAAUCAGCAGAUCUAAAAUUAAGGAAUUCUGUGAAACUAUUAUAGUAUUUUUCCACAAACAAGUUGUUAAAAACAAAAUUACAAAUUCUUAAAAUAACAAACAAAACACCCCAUUCUCAAAAAAAGAUGAACAAUACUCCAAAAAAAAGAAAAGAAUAAUACAGUCCAAACUUGCAACAACACUUACAAAUAAUGAUUUCUAUAGGUGAAGAAGGUUCUUUAGAUAAUUAAAAUGUUCUUUGCACUGAGAAGAAAUGGUUCUUUUCAUAAGAACUUUUGAAUAUUCUGAAACAAUUCAAUUUUUUUAUUUAAUGUUAGAAAAAUGGCCAACUGAUACGUUUCAGGAGAAAAAAAAACAUAUCAUGAAAAGUGUAUAAAUAUAAUUUUUGUGGUAUAGUUUUGAGAACAUUUACUUGUGAAAAAUGUUUUUUUUUUUAUUAAUGUUCUCUGAAUGUUCCAAAAGUUGUUUUUUGAAUGUUGCAAACAUUAUGGGAAUGAUACUUUUGAACGUUCCAACAAACGUUCCAAACAAGUAGAACCAUUAAAAAACUAAGAAGAAAUGGUUCUUUUCAUAAGAACUGAUCCCUCAAAGAUGUUUUUCAUCCUGGUUCCAGAAGCAGAACUGGUUUGACUAGACCUCUCUAAUCACAGUGUGGUCAGAUGAAUGUGAGGUGCAUCUUAAGAUCUGUGUUUGCAUGAGUUCACCUUCACUUUGCAUUAACGUGUUGUUGGUGCAGCUGAUGGCACAUUAUCAUUUCUUCUGAGAUAAUGCAUCUCCUGAUAGAUUCAUUAUCACGUCCUUGACCGUGUUUCCUGGUCUUUCACCUGGAAAUAUUCCCAGGGGCACAUCAAAACCUGCUUCACAGCAUCUUCACUGCAUUAAACGAGCCCUUCAUGAGACAAUAAAGGACUGGGGUUUUCAUUUCACCUGUGUUUUAUUGAAGACGAAAUAUUUCAGCAUCUGCCACCUGAGCAAAAGCGUUAAGACACACUUAGAUGAUGAUGAUGAAGAUGAUUAUGAAAAUGAUGAACAAAACCCAAUGGAUCAAACUCAUGUGCGUUCGUCACGUGCCAAUAGCGCCACCUGCAGGCCACCAAUAUAAUGUU